AUCUCCGCUCGGCCACUUCCGGCCAGGCCUUCCCCCAGUGCGUGUUCGACCACUGGCAGGUCAUCCAGGGCGACCCCCCUCGUCCCCCGGCAAGCCCCAGGAGAUCGUCCUCGCCACCCGCAAGAGGAAGGGUCUCGCCCUCGAGAUCCCGCCCCUCGACCGCUUCCUCGACAAGCUGUAAGCAGCGUCGACAACGACGGCCUCUCUCUUUGGCCCCGCCUCGCCUGCUGCCGCCCCCAUUUUUGUCUCGACCAGCAAGCACGGCGACACAUACACAGACCUCAAACAAUAAAAAACAAAAUAACCACAUCCACAUCCACAUCCAUCUUUAUCUUCUCGCGCUCUUUCCUUCUCUCUUUGGCAAGCUGA